AUGGUCGCAUUUAAAAGUUUAAUUUUAAAAUUUCUAUUAUCGGGCAUUUGUUUGCAAAAUAAAACGCCUCCAGUUGAGGGACAAGCUACAGCUGUUGCUUUUGCAAGUGCUAAUGGAGUGACUGCUUCAGCAUCGUCUAGUUCUUCAGCAGGAUUUGGUGUUGGUUUUCAACCACCAGUAAAUAAUUUCUAUCAACCAUUUGGAGGAGGUUUUAAUGGUUUCGGACAACCAAACUUUCCCCUACCAAUAUUACCCCAGCCAUUUUUGCCAGGAAAUGCAAUAAGAAAUAAACCAAAUUUUAAUAAUGGUCAAGGAUUUAAUAAUAACAAUGUAAAUAAAAAUAAACCCAAUUUAAAUGUCAAUAAUCAAGCCCACAAACAAAAUGGACAAAAUCAAGGCAAUAAUGGAAAGAAGAAUCAAAAUCAUAAUAAUCAGAAGCAAAAUCAACGUCCCAACAACAACAGUAAUAAUAAUAAUAAUUCAGGCAAGAGACCUAAUAAUAACAAUAUUAAUAAAAAUAAUAACAAUAACAAUAGCGGUAAUAAUAAUAGAAGACCUGUCGCAAAUAAUCAAGGUCAAAGGCCGAAUCAAGGACCAAAUAAACCCCAAGCUAAUUUUAAUCGCAAUCCUCAGGCUGGUAAUCAAGGACAUAAAACUAAUAUUCAAAACCCGGGUACCAAACCAAAUCAAAAUAAUAUUAAAAAGCCUAAUCAAUCGGCCACCUCUCGCCCUUCUACUAAUACCAAACCAAAAACUCAAACAACUACUACGAAACCAAUUAUACCUACAGCCAGGCCACAAAAUAUGAUAAAACCUAAACCACAGCCAUCGAAUCAAGGUCAACAAACACCAAAACCGAACAAACCUACAAGUAAACCUCAGAUCACUACCAACCCUCCAAAGGUACUAAAACCAAACGUCCCUUCAAACAAUGGUUUACCAUCUAAUAUUCCUUCAACUAAACCAGCAGUUACUAAUCCGCAACCAAAUAUUCCUGGAAAUAGCAUCCUACAGCCAAAUAAUAACCAAAAUCCAAACUGGAACAUACAAACUCCAAAUCCCAACUGGAAUAUACAAACUCCUAAUACAGAUUUUCAAGGCAAUAGUGGACUUCAACCGAAUAAUAAUCCCCAAACACCCAACUGGAAUAUACAAAGCCCAAAUCCAAAUUUACCCCCAACAAAUGGUGGCAAUAAUUUACCUUACCAGGGUGAUCUAAUAAGUGAGCCAGCAGUAAAUCCACUUUUUAAACCAGUACCUCAGUUUCCCAAUAAUUCCUUACCACCUUCCCAACCUAUACAAUUACCGCCGCCAACAUUCUCACCCGUACCUUCGACAACCAGUCGUCCUCACACAAUUUUACCCGAAAAAAUACAACCCGGCAUUAUUAUAAAUCCCGACUCACCAUACUAUGUUGCUAAAGAUAACGAGGAUCCAACGUUAUUAAUCGAUAUCAGACGUAUUUGA